AUGUAUGAUCCUAAUUAUACAAUACCGUCAGAUCAUCUAUCUUCAACAAAUGUUGAUAAAGUUGUUCAAUCAGUUACAAAUGCAACGAAAAGAUUAUCACAAAUUUCAACAAGUACAAAUACUUCAUCAAAAAAGAGAAAAUCUCAAAAUAAGAUAGGACCUUGGAAAUUAGGUAGAACUUUAGGUAGAGGUUCAACAGGUAGAGUUAGAUUAGCUAAAAAUAUUGAAACUGGUCAGUUAGCAGCAGUUAAAAUUGUACCUAAAUCGAAUUUCAAAAAAUUUGAAAAUCCAAAAUACAAAAGAGGAGAAAUUGAAGGUGAAGAUGAUACUCAAAGAUUACCAUAUGGAAUAGAGAGAGAAAUCAUUAUAAUGAAAUUAAUGUCACAUCCAAAUAUUAUGGGAUUAUAUGAUGUUUGGGAAAAUAAAAAUGAUUUAUACUUGAUAUUGGAGUAUAUUGAAGGUGGUGAAUUAUUUGAUUACUUGAUCAAAAAAGGUAAACUACAAGAAUUUGAAGCAAUAAAUUAUUUUAAACAAAUUAUAAAUGGUAUAAAUUAUCUUCAUCAAUUUAAUAUAUGUCAUAGAGAUUUAAAACCAGAAAAUUUGUUGUUGGACUUUAACAAAAAUAUUAAAAUAGCAGAUUUUGGAAUGGCAGCAUUAGAAGUGAAUGAAAAAUUAUUAGAAACUUCAUGUGGUUCACCACAUUAUGCAUCACCUGAAAUUGUUGCUGGCAAAAAUUAUCAUGGUGCUCCUUCUGAUAUUUGGUCUUGUGGAAUUAUAUUAUUUGCAUUAUUAACUGGUCAUUUACCUUUUGAUGACGAGAAUAUUAGAAAAUUAUUAUUAAAAGUUCAAAAUGGGAAAUUUAUAAUUCCUCAUGAUAUAAGUUGGGAAGCAAAAGAUUUAAUUACCAAGAUGUUAAAAGUUAAUCCUUUGGAUCGUAUUGAAAUUGAUAGUAUUUUGAUACACCCAUUAUUAACUAAAUAUCCAGAACCUUCUGUUUCUUAUGCAUCAACCACUACAUUGGAUAUUAGACAUUUGAAUAUUAAACCAAUUGAAUCAGUUGCCAAAAUCGAUAAAGAGAUAUUAAAAAAUUUGUCAGUUUUGUUUCAUAAUUGUAAUGAAAAAACUAUUAUUUCAAGAUUAUUGUCACCAAAUAAAUGUCCCGAAAAGAUGUUCUACUAUUUGUUAAUGAAGUAUAGAAAUGAACAUGUUGCAAGUUUAACUUCUAAUGAUGUUUUAGAAAGUGAGUCCGCCAAAAAAUCAAUGCCAAGAUCAACAUCCAUAGUUCAUACAAUUAUAUUCGAUGAUGAAACAGGUGAAGCAAUAACAACCACAACCGAAAGGAAGAAAGUUACUAAAUCAACAUCAAUUUAUUCGAAUAAAUCAUUAUUAAAAUCAGCGUCAUCGAAACACAUUUUAGGAAACAUCACCAAUAAACAACCGAGUAAUAGCGGAAACACCACUAAACUAUUUAAAGCUUCAAAUUCAUUUAAUAAAAGUAAAAUUAAUCAGCCUCAAAUUUAUAAAGAUAAAAGUCGUAAUACAUCAUCAAGCUCAUCAUUAAAAUCAAGUAAUUCCAAAAAAAGAGCUGCAGCCAUUUCAAUUACUCCACCAGAUAAAAGUCCAAUGAAACCAGUCUCCACAAAACCAUUACAAGGACCACCACAAUUAAAUAAAUUACAAAGACACAAAAAUUUAUCAGGAAAAUUUGGAAAUAAAUCAAUCAAAAAUUUCGAAAAUAUUUGUGAUGAAAUGUUUAAUGAAGAUCAUGAUGAUAAAGAGAAUGAAUUUCCAGUUUCACUUGCACCAUCAAGAACUGCUUCCCAGAAGAAAAGAGAAGGAACAUUAGCAAGAAGAGAACGGGAAUUGGCAGAACAAGUUCAUCAAAGAAAUGAAGCAAGGGAAUUGAAAUUACAAAAAGAGGAACAACUCAAACGUAAACUACUUGAAGAAGAAGAAAAAAGACGUAAUGAAGAAAGAAGAAUUAAAAUUGAACAAGAACAAAAAGAAUUACAAUUAAAACAAGAAUUAGAAGAAAAACAAAGAAAAGCAAUUGCAAGAUUAAGUAAACGUCAAAGCGCUCAUGAUUUUGAAGGAUUAUUAGAUACCAAUAAUAAACGUUCAGUAACUGAAUCAGCUCCACCUAUUAUAUCAUUACUAGAUCCAAGAUCAAACCCAGUAGCUAGAGCAAGAACUUUAGGGGCACCAUCAAGAUCUAAAUUUUUAGUGAAUACCACCGCCAACACCAAUAACAGUCCACAAAUUAAUGAAAACACUUCAAAGGUUUUGCAUAAAUUGGGUAUUGAUGUUUCACCUUCACCUAAAAAAUUCACAAGAGAUUUUAAAACUUCAAGUUCUAAAAAUUUGUCAUCAUUAGUUACCCCUUCACCAUCAGGUGGAUUUAAUAAAGGUUUGAAAACUUCAAGUUCAAGAAAUUUAGCAGACAUUUUGUUAGAUGAUGAAUCAAAACCACUUAGUGAAAAACCUUCAAAAUCAACUUCAAAAACUUCAUUAAAUAAAAGACAUAGUACUCAAAGUUCAUAUUAUAAAUCGAUGCUCAAUAACAUUGAUGAGAAUAAAACUCAAAACAAAAUGGGUUCAAUUCCUGUAUUAUUGAAUUCAGAAGCUGACGAGUAUGAUGCUUUGCCUAAUCCUAGAUUUUCUAGAUUUUCAUUUGGGGGUUUAAUGGCUCAAACUGUUGCAAAUGGCGAAGGUGAUACUACAAUUAUGGAUCAAACUAUAAACAACUCAAAUACAGUAGUUAGAAGAUCAAAUAAAUCAAGAAACUCAGGUCUAACCGGGUUGGGUAUAAAAGUUAGAGAUACAACUAUAAAAGAAGAUGAUGUUGAAGAAGAACAAGAAGCAAAAGAAGAACCAUUAAAUUCAUUAGAUAAAACGAAUCAUAGAAAUUUCCAAUUACAUAAAGAUGUUAACUAUGACGAUGAUGAUAAUUCAGAUGCAACAACAGUUGAAUCAGAAUAUUCCUAUAUUUCAUCGAAUCAUUUACAAGUUAUUCAAGAUCAUGUCAAUAAUAAUAACAACCAGAUUGAAAAUGAUUUAUCCAACUUUGAUUUAAUUAGUUCAAGAACUGCUGAUGUUGGGAAAGUAAAUAAACAAAAACCAAGUAUUGUAAGUUCAAAGGAAACGUUAAUUGAAGACCAUAAGGAUGAAAAUGAUGAUACAAUUCAAAACACUUCAAAACAUUCGGAUACUUUCCAAGCACAAAUAAAUGAUGAAUUUGAUGAUGAAGAUGACUUAUCAAUUGUAGAAAGUUCAAUAAUUGAUGAACCAAUAAAUGGAAAUUCAAAUAAUUUAAAUAAUGACUUUAGAAAAUCAAGACAUUCAACUGGUAUAUUCAGUACUGCUCAAUUACCAAGAUCACCUCAUUUACUUGAUCAACAACCAGCAACAACCACCGAAAGAAAAAAAUCAAUAUUGAAAGAUCACGUAAUAACAAGUCCAGUACAAGAUUCAUUUGUACCAGAACCAAAAGAAAAUUUAUUCAGAAGAUUAUCAUUAAAUCCAAAAAGAAUAGCACCAAAAGCUCCUCCACAAGCUCAACAACAACAAGCUCAACAACCACCUCAACAACAAAAAGGUCAUAAUAGAUUCAGUAGAAUUUCAAUUAUUUCGAAAAAUCUUUUGGAUCAUCCUUCACCACAACCACCAAAACAAAAACCAACGAAAUCAAAUUGGUUUAAAAAAUUCUUUCAAUCAUUAACUACAACAACUCAACAAGAAGAACCAAAAAAAGAUAUCAAGAUAAUAAACACCUCCUUAAAAUUCAAACAACUAUUAAAACUACUCAAAUCACAAAUUGAACUUAAGAAAUUAGAUGGCUCAAUCACUAAUUGUAGUAUAGAUGAAGUAAAUGGUACAAUUACGGGUGAAAUCCCCAAGAAGUUUUCAAAUUCAGGUAAGAAACUUCAAUUUAAAAUCGAAGUGCUUGAUUUGAUAAGUUCUUGUUCUUUACAUUUGAUUAAAGUAAAAGGAAAUCAACGUGGGUUCUUGAAUUUUAGUAAGAUUGUUGAAUUUGUUAUUCGUAAUGAAGAAGAAAAGAUUGGUUCUUAG